AUGACAUUUAUGACAACAGCCAUGGGUAUCUAUAAUAUUACUGAAAAAAGUAUUAUUUCUCAAACGAAUCUAACAUUAUAUCGAGCUGAUUAUUUUCAAACAUGUUGGCGUUAUUUGAAUUCAUCUGAAUCAAUAUCAUGUUCUUAUUUAUUGAAUCAUGCUGUAUCAUAUUCGAAUUCAUCCUAUUUUUGUGUUUAUCAUACAAUUCGUCAAACAAUUGAAUGUUAUAAUUCUUCUUAUAUAUUUCCAAAAUCUAUUGUUUCAAAUAUUUAUCUUUAUUUAACAAUAUUAAUUUUUAUUAUUGGUCUAAUUGGUAAUGGUAUAUCAAUAAUUGUUUUACUUUCUACAAAACUUCGUUACUUAAGUGUUUAUAAAAAUUUAAGUAUUCUUUGUUUUUUAAAUAUAUUAUAUUUAAUAUCCAUAUUAAUUCGUUAUAAGAAUAAUUAUCAGCAAGAUUUAAGAGAUAUAUCAAUAGAUUUCUGUCGUUUACAUACAUUUACAGUAGCUUUUAUUGGUCAUUUAUGUUCUUGGCAACUUGUUUCAACUAGUAUACAACGUGUUUAUGCAUUACUUAGUUUACAAUCACAUCAAACAACAUCAUGGAUAAGAAUUUGGAGUAUUUUUUUAAUUUGCAUCGUAUUUCCACUAUUUACAUUUGAUGCUCAACUUCUUUUUAAUUAUGGAUUUUUAAAAAAUACUCAUACGUGUAAUGAACCUUCUAAUUAUGAAAUAAAACAAUUUCGACGUGCAUUACAAUAUCCAAUUUAUAGUUCGAAAAAUAUUUCGUUACAUUAUUAUACAAAUUGGAUUCCAAGUCAAUCUGAAACAAUUAAUAAAGGAAAUAUUUGUAUACUUUGGAAUACUUUAGAUACAUUUAUUUAUGCAAUUAUUCCAUUUAUAAUAACAUUAAUAUGUAAUUUAAUUAUUAUAAUUAAAGUAUGUCAAAGACGUCGUUCAACAGUUAUUUUGGGUGGAAUAUGUCAUACAAAUCGUGUUGUUAUCUCAUAUCAAGAUCAUUUAUCAACUCUAUUAAUUACAAUAAACCUUUUAUUUUUAUUUAUGAUUGGCCCAUUAAAUAUUUGUCUUAUAAUUCAAUCAAUAUUUGAAUGUUUUUUCUUUAAAUCAAUACCAAUAGAUAAUUCAAGUUUCUUCUUUGAAUUUUCACGUUUAUUACAAAAUUCUUAUCAUGCAUUAUCAUUUAUAUUUUAUUGUGUUAUUGGAAAUAAAUUUCGAGAAUCAGCUAAAUCAAUAUGUCGAACAAUUUAUUAUAAAUUAUUUGAAUUUAGUAUUUUUAAUCGAUGUAUACAAAUACCAAUGAUAUCAUAUUGUUUCACUCGAAGGCGUUCAUCAAGUAGUGGACAUACAGUAUCAUCUAAUAGUAGAUUUAGUGAUACUAAACGAACACAAUUGGGACAAAGAAAAAGUAGUUUUAUACCAUUAAAUACUGUUAGACGACCUACUUAUGUUACUUUUGAUAUUAAUCAAAAAACUUUAAUACAUUGUACUACAGCAUUUUGA